AUGAUUCAAAGAGCUCAAGAAAAAGUUCUAAUUUCAGGUUUUCAGGAUGCAAUUGGAGGAAAGUUAAUUAGUCACUUGCAAUUUGCAGAUGACACUCUCAUUUUCUUGGAUGCUGAUAUUGAGCAAAUUAAAAAUUUGAGACUGAUUUUAUUAUCCUUUGAGCAGCUUACAAGCUUAAAAAUAAACUUUGCCAAAAGCACAAUCUAUGGAGUUUCUUAUUCUAAUGAUCUUGCUCAGUUUUCUAAUCUUCUUGGUUGUUAUUCUGGUGUACUGCCAACUACUUACUUGGGUUUACUUCUUGGAGAUAAAAGUGGAGGAGUUGCAAAAUGGGACAAAGUCAUUGACAAUGUCACAAGAAUAUUACCAGGUUGGUCUAAAAAGGAUUUGAGCAGAUCAGGUAAGAUAACUUUAAUAAACAGUGUUCUGGCUAGUAUGCCAGUUUACUAUAUGUGUUUAUUUGUCAUCUCAGUUUCAGUGGCUAAGAAGAUUGAAAAAAAUCAUGAGGGACUUUUUGUGGCAUGA